AUGUCACCAAACAACCAUAUUAAGAAAGUUGCCAUUGUCGGUGCAACCGGCACAGUUGGAAAGUUCAUCGUAGAAGAACUUCUGAAGCUAGGCAAGCAUGAAGUGACUGCGAUCUCGCGCAAGGACAGCCCGUCCGCCAGCUCUAUCCCUGCCGGUGUGAAGGUCGCCGCCGUGGACUAUAGUGACGAGUCGACUCUCGUUAAUGCCCUGAAAGGCCAGGAGGUAUUGAUAAUCACCAUGAGCACAUUGGCGCCCCCAGACACGCAGCUGCAACUUAUCCGUGCUGCCGCUGCCGCCAAUGUCCCUUACGUGCUGCCCAACGAAUGGGGCUGCGACAUGGCGGAUGAGCAGCUGGGCAAGGAGAUCCUCUUGGGCAACUCCGAAGUCCCCGCUCGCAAGUUGGUCGAAGAGUUAGGCAAGAGUUCGUGGAUCGGCGUGGUUUCCGGAUUUUGGUACGAGUAUUCGUUGGGUAUGGGCGAGCAAUGCUAUGGCAUGGAAGUGAAGGACAAGACGUGGACCUUCUACGACGAUGGCGAGACAAAAAUUAACAGCAGCACUUGGCCUCAAUCGGGACGAGCCGUAGCUAAACUGCUCUCUUUGCCCAUCGAACCCGAGACGACAGGAGGCCCGAGCCUAUCAAGCUACAAGAACAAGUUCAUAUACGUGUCCUCAUUCCUAGUUAGCCAAAAGGACAUGUUCGCCUCCGUUCUUCGAGUAACGGGAACCAAGGAGUCCGACUGGACGAUCAAGUACGAGGAUAGCACCAAGCGUUAUCAGGAGGCCCAAAAGAAGGUGUUUGGCGGAGACCGGACAGCCUUCCCCACGCUCCUUUAUAGCAGAAUUUUCUAUAAGGACGGCGUUGGUAACUUCGAGGCUCGACGUGGAGGUAUCGCUAAUGACACCUUGGGUCUACCAAAAGAAGACCUGGAUGAGGCAACCAAGAUUGGUAUUUACCGCAAUGAGAAUGGCCUCAAGUACCAUUAGAUAUUGGGUGGUAAACGGAUGUAAAUAUAAUAUUAUGUAGGUAGGGUUAGGUACCCAUACCAUAAUGAAGAAGUCCCCCAUUUAAAACAGCUCUUUGCUGGUGAUAAUUCGUCAAACUAAUCCGGGGCUUACUCGACCGAAGAGAAGUCCCGAAGAUGGACUCAUAGGCAUGUA